GGGAGCCCAGGAAGUGAAGGGCAUACAGUGGGAGAGGAGGUUUCUGAGCGGACGGUGAACAGGAGAGACCCUAGAGUUGGACAUUGACUUAGCCUCAAUGAUGCUGAAGCUGACCAUUCUGGCCGUGAUGGUGGCCCUGUGCUACGGCGGUUCUUCUCCGAAUGUACAGGUGUAUACCUACAAACUGAUAAAGGAGGGCGAACCCAACGUGCUGCUCUGUCAUGCCAAAGAUUUCAGCCCCCCCAACAUCAAGAUGGAGCUGCUGGAAAAUGGAGUAGUCAUUCCCAAUGCCAAUCAGUCUGACCUGUCCUUUGAGUCAGAUUGGAGUUUCAAGCUCACUCUUCAUGCGGCCUUCACCCCCAAGAGUGGAAACAAGUACUCCUGUAGGGUGAACCACAAUGACCAGCCAAAAGUGAUUCAGCUUGAUACCUACUAGCUUGUCACCACAGAGUCACUGAACAAUAUGGUGAGACUACUCAAGGAAUCCACCAGUUCUGAGGGAUGAUAUUGAUUUCUUUCAAACGAUCUUCAAGUGUAAAAUCACUGAUUUUAAUAAGUCAUCUUAAACUAAUUUACGUGAUGGGGAGUAUGUUUGCUUUUGGCUCUGCAAUUUUUGUAAUUUUGCACCUUUUGAUAUUUUGUGUAUUUCUGAGAUGGUUUUAACUUUUACCUGUACUUGCUAAUGAAUUUAUGUAGUUUUGACUUGGUUGUUCCAAAAUAGCUGUUCCAACAAUGUCAGAUAUACUGAAAAAUGAAAAAAAAAUGAUGAAUGAAAGAAAAGGGCCAGUUCAAAUCUAAUCUGCACAAUUAGAUGGUGUAGAGACCUCAAUAGCUGAGCAGGAGGCUAGGCAAAGCCAGGGCUAUUCAAGCUCAACCACUUGAAGAAUUGACAGUUAUUUAGUUGAGAUUUGGAACUUCAGCUACCUUGUACUAAAGAGCAGACACACACCUUAUGCCCAACUCUGUUAACUGUGUAUCCCAAAUAACAAAACACACAGCAAAUUCUCGUCCUCAACCCUGAGUCCAUGUGGAACGCCACAAGUCAGAACUCAACCUCUUUCCCAACUUGCUUUCCAUUCCAUCUUCCUGAUUUAUCCUGGAAAAUCUUGCAAUUGGUGAAGUUAUCUUGACCUCGAGAUGUUGGAAUAUCACAAUUUUAACAUUUGGACUCAGCGUAAUACAGAGAUUAGCGCCGCCACAUAGAUUCAUUUUUGUAGAGGGCCUCUUCUGCAAGCCAUAUAUUUCAACAUGUUAGUAAGAAUUUUUGCAAGUGGGAGUUUUGGGAUUUGAAGUAGAUAGUGCUGUUAAGGAUAAUGACAUUCAAUAUAACUUUAAUUUCAUGUGAUACAUGCACUGUCUUUUACUAUUCUGUAAAUGCUUAUUGGUGUGAAUAAAAUUUCCCUCCUUAA